AUGCGUCUGCAAUUUAUCUAUACGCUGUUAUUCGGAACCGCGAUUGCUAUCCCCUAUGGCGGUCAGGAAUAUCGACAGGAUAUGAAGCAGCCUACAACUUUGACCACGCCUAUACCCAUGUCCGCAUUUGCACCAAUAAAAAGAGCGAUUGAAAUUGCCCGUACGCCUUCUCGGAUGGAUGCGCAGAAGAGGAUGUUGCCGUAUGAAUAUGAGUUCCUUUGA